UCGCUUUUAUUCAGUUUGUCAUACACCGCGCGAGAAAGCAGCCACUUUAAUUACUGCAUUACAUCAGCGUGUCGCUCCAGGUAUCCAGCCACACACAGGGUGUAUAUUAGAAACCGCACUGCACCGUUCACCUGUUGGGAUAACCCAACGGGUUAGCCGUCAAUUGAAAAUAGUAGCAAACAAACCACGGUCCGGGUCGUGCGCAUCUUCAUCUCACCUGGCAAAGCCGUCGUCGUCGUCGUUGUCGCGGUCGGGAUCAAGUGCGGGUGGUUGAUUGCGGUGCAAGCUGCAUUGUGCACCGGUGGAAAGUGACUGGACUGGAGCAAGUAAAACAAUAUACUAAGUAACAGCCGCCAGCAACUAUCGCAGAAAACUAGACUGAGAUCUGGGUUGCAAAUAUAGCUCACAAAGUGUAUUGUUCUGAACGCGGUGUUAUUUUUUUUAAAACAGACACAAACCGAAGACGUACCUGCUGGAAAUCGAUGUAGAGUGUUAUUUCAACUGCAACAGUGCACUUUUACGGAGUUUGGAUAUCAGGAAAAAUCUAAAUUCGUCAAGAAUGUAUCGAAUAAGGUGUCAAUCUCGACUGGUUAAACCAUGCAUCCCCAUACUGAUGCUUCUGCUACUGGUGAUAGACACCUGUGUGGAGCAUGUGGCGGCUGACGUAUGCAGCAGCACGAAAAGUGAUCGUCACCGGACGAUAAUGGAAAAGUACCGUAGUUCCGCCAACUGGAACGGGGUUCUCACGGAGGAUGCACUAAAUUUGAAGGAGAACCAAACCGAGAUCAAUCUCUCCCAGCAAGGCUUCAGUGAGGUGCACUGGCACCUAAGCAGUAUCGUAGGAGAAGGAUACGAGGUAUACGAGCUGGACAUGUCGUACAACAACCUCGAAGCGAUCAAUGAACUCACAUUUCUUAAAUUUUAUUCACUGGAAAUGCUGAACCUCUCUUACAAUCGCAUUACAACGAUACGUAACUUGACCUUCGGUUCGCUAAUUCGUCUAAUGGAUUUAGAUUUGUCCUUCAAUUUGAUCCAUUCAAUCGAAACGGAAGCUUUCAACCGUCUAUUCGGACUAGAAUCGCUAAACUUGCGGGAAAACUGUCUAAUCACAUUGAAUGAACAUCAGUUCCACUUCAAUGACCAUCUGUCAUCGAUUCAUUUGGACAACAAUCAGCUACUCUACAUUCCGUCCGAUCUCUUCGAUGCUCUCGCUAUGGUGGAAGAACUCUUUGAAUUUGACCUAUCGUACAAUCAACUCCGACGGAUGCCUUAUAUCGAAGCGAAAGAGAUAGGACUGCUGAAAAUCGAUAACAAUCAGAUUAGAAUUCUCUCCGUGAACCGUACCUAUAACCUACGGGCACUAGAGGCACAUCACAACCAAAUCCAGGAUGCAGACCUCUUUCAAUUCAGCUCCGCUCAACAUGUCGAUCUGUCGCACAAUUACUUGGACAACAUCGUCGGUCUGCAUGAAAUGAAUCAACUGGAAUACCUGGACAUAUCGUCCAACAACAUUUCCAAAUUCGACUACAAUCUAAAAUAUUCCAUUCGGAAUAUUCCAACGUUGACAACGCUGCGUCUGCAGAACUGUAGCCUCACCGAAGGCAACAUGGACGGUCUACUUAAUUCGGAUAGUCUUUUGAAUCUCGAUCUGUCACAGAACGGAUUCGUAUAUCUAAACAUAAGCCACCUGUCCAAGCUGAAAUCGCUCCAAUAUGUGAGCCUGAACUUUAAUUUCCUGGAAGAACUGAUCGACUAUGAACAUAUGGCGGCACAUUUUCCCUAUCUGGAAAUGAUUUCGCUUUCCUUUAACCGCUGGAACUGUUCCUACUUCGAUAAGCUCAUAGCCUAUCUGAACCAAACCCAUAUCCACACGACAACGGAUCCUCGGGAUUGCUACAUCAACGGUAGUCACGUGGCCGAUUCAGCCGUGCAAGAAUCGUUCGACCCAGAGUACACACUGAACCAUGUCAAGCGAGACAUGAAUGUGGUUAAGAACCUAGGUCGCAGUAUGACCUACUUCAUGUACGCUCUGUACUACAACAUGCGAGGACUAAACAAUCACACCCAAUUCCUGCUGCAGCAGAGCGAUCGCAAGAUGCAAGGAAUGGAGUCAGAAUUGGGUCAUCUGAUCGGAAUGGUUGCCUUCCUGGUGGGAAUUUUGUGCACCAUUCUGGUACUCGUAUUCGUGUACGGCUUACGCAACCUGUGGAAGAAAUGGCAGCUGGACCGAUCGGUCAAGGUUGUUGCCUACAGUAACAAACGCAACAACGAGUUCAGUAACGGAGUUGCCGUCAACGAAGUCAUCCGUGAUAAUAUCUAGAUGAGUGGGCAGCCCCCGUGCUUUGAGGGUGCCAUAACCAGCGUUACCAAAACAGAUUAACAGUCUUAAGUCUGUGUGAUAUUGUGAAUUGGAAUAAAGUGUCGAUUGAAUUACGAUUGAUU